AUAAUACUAAUAAUAAUAAAAAAAUAUUGCACAUCCUGCGAUGUGACUAUUGCACAUGUGCACAUUGCGAUGGCGAUGUUCAAACGAUGUAUUGUGCAGGCCUAGUCUGGACUGUGCGAGUGGCUCCGUCGUGUCGUAUGAUUUACCGCCUACUGUACUGCCCGCUGCGCACAUGGAGUGAUUAAGUUGAGCGCUUGUUCGCCUGUGAAACGGAGUGCUCUUCCUGUAUUUCUCUACCACUGAAUCAGUGUUACUGUUUACCAGCUGCCUCUUGUCGACGUCCUGUUGUAUUUCAUGUGUGCUGAUGUAUUUUGUCUGUGAUUUCUCCAUUUAUGUGCCAUAUUUUCCUUCUGUGAAAUAUGUUUAAAAUUGUAUGUGUUUAAAAACAACCUUUCUUUGUAUUCUCUCUCUGAGGCCUUCUCGCCCAGUGCUUGAUCUGAUCUCACCUCUUUAUUUACAUAUUCAAAGCACCAACUGCCGUGCAGUGAAUCUAUCAUAUAGAAACACACACCUGAAGAAGAGACGUUCGACAUAUUUCACAAAAAGUCAGCAGUUUUCACUUCUCUAUCAAGACGGCUCACUUCCCUGAGUGAGAGACGGGCUGGAAAUGGUGAAGAAGUGAACUGUGGGAGAGCGUCCGCUCGCCGUUUCAUGUCUUUGUGAGGCUUCGGCCGUCAGAGCAGCUGCUUCACGCUGUGUGAUGUCUUCUCGUGUUGCUGCUUCCAGGCUGGGAGCUGUUCGGUCUGCCCGUCCGAGAUGACAAGGCAAGUAAUCCCAUGACCACGUUCAGUUGCUUCCUUUUAUCGGGGUUUGUUAACGUCAGCUGUUCUCAGAUACGUCGUUGUUGCCACUGAUGGAUACUAUAGUGCUCCAUUCUCUGCUGGUAUGCGAACGGCUGUUAUUUAUGCUUCAGGAGGACGAUCUGGCAAGUGGAAGGCUUGAGAUUUCAGCAUUGUCAUUGUUGAACCUGGAAUGUGUGUGUCUGUGUGAGACAUGCCUGUAGAAAUGGCCCCGAAGGAGAAGGAUACACUUUACUGAUGGAUUCGCUGCUAUGGAGCCGUCCUGGACUCGUCUAUUCAGUGAGAAAUCAAAGAGCUUGCCAGCCCGGUCCAAGAGCAUGGUGCUUGGAGAGCUGUCGCGGCUGUCCAGGCCCUGCUCCCCGCUGGAUCAGGAGAAAGCGCUGAAGGCCGGCUGGCUGAAGAGGCAGCGGAGCAUCAUGAAAAACUGGCAGCUGCGUUGGUUCGUCCUGAAGAGCGAAGCUCUCUAUUUCUACAAGGACCAGGAUGAAAGCAAGGCACAGGGUUGUAUUCCUCUCCAGGGUAGUCAGGUCAAUGAGGUCCCUGCCAAUCAGGACGAGCCCGGCCGCCACCUUUUUGAAAUAGUUCCAGGAGGAGCUGGGGAAAAGGAUCGGACUGGAGUGAGCCACGAAUCAUUUCUGCUGAUGGCCAGUUCUCAGAGCGACAUGGAAGACUGGGUCAGAGCCAUACGCAGAGCCAUAUGGGCUCCACUGGGUGGAGGUAUCUUUGGUCAGCAUCUAGAGGAGACGAUGCUGUAUGAGGCUCAGUGUGGCCCUCAGCGACUGGUCCCUGUGCUGGUUGAACAGUGCGUGUGCUUUAUACGCGAACAUGGACUGAAAGAGGAAGGCCUUUUCAGAGCUCCUGGACAGACCAAUCACGUUCGAGAACUGCAGGAUGCUUUUGACCGCGGCGAGAAGCCAGUGUUUGACAGUUCCACAGACGUCCACACAGUGGCAUCACUGCUAAAGCUGUACAUAAGGGAGUUGCCAGAGCCCAUAAUCCCUUUCUCCAAAUACACUCAGUUUCUUUCUUGUGCUCAGCUUCUCACCAAGGAUAAAGAAAUGGCUGUUGUUGAACUUGGCAAAAACGUGACGUCCCUUCCUCAGGUCAACUACAACCUCCUCAAGUACAUCUGCAAGUUCCUGGAUGAAGUUCAGUCUCACUCCAAUGAGAAUAAGAUGAGCGUUCAGAACCUGGCGACUGUGUUUGGACCAAAUAUCCUUCGGCCCCGAGUGGAGGAUCCAGUUACCAUGAUGGAAGGAAGUUCUCAAGUGCAGCACCUGAUGACUGUGCUGAUCAGUGAACACUCCCUGCUUUACCAACGAGAAGAUCCAGACACAGACACUAAGAUUGCACAGCAUCCAGAGGUCCAGCGGUGCAAAGUGGAAUGGCUGCCGCAAGACCACAGUGACCCCCAGCUCACAGAUGCGAGCGCUAAAACUCCUCAAGAUCAACCCCAGUCUUCAAGCCCCUCUACCGACGGCCAGCUGAACGCGCCGGGCCGUAUGUCGGAGAACGGCGAGGAUGAUCAGGCCGACGGAAAGGGCAAAAGUAAGACAGAGGAGAAGGUGGACAGGAAAGCAGACGGCAGAACAGAGUGCAAAGGUGGAAGUGAUGUAGCCGUUAGCCCCAGCAAACAGUCCAAGGCCCUACCUUCCUGGAAGAGCUCCUUCAAGGGCAACACGGCCCCUGGGGGGCCGAGGGGAAAAAUUGGGGGCUCGGCGGGGGAUGUGUCAGCAGCUGCCGGGAGUAACUGGCUGAUGAAUGGCCUGUCGUCCCUCCGAGCUCACAGGCGCACAACCUCAUCUGGUGAAAGACUGAAAGACUCGACUUUAUCUCUGAAAGACUCCACGCUCUCGCUGAAAGAAACCACUCUUUCGCUUAAGGACUCGCAGAGAGACUCUGACGACGAUUCCUCCCGAGCGCCCCUAUCUCACGCUGCCCUCCACAAAUCCCCCAGACUGUCCGCCUAUGACAACGUUGCGCCGUCGAGCCUGAGCUUGCCUGCCGAUGCUUCCUCCAUCUGGACCUCCUUUGAGAUCUCGCUGUCGGAGCCAGAGCGAAGCGACAAGGCAGAGAAACCAGAACAGGGUCGGGAGUUACCCGCAGACGUGGGGGACAGCUCAAAUACUUUGGAUCAGAGCGGAAGUGGGAAUGAGGACGAGCUUGAAGAAACAAAUGAUUUCCAAAGCAUGUUGAUCAAACUCAAGCAGGAACUUAAGAAACAGAGGACAAGUUAUGAAACGAGCAUUCGCAAGUUGGAGGAGUCCUGUUCCAAAUAUAAGUCCCAGGUAGCCCGCCUUGAGGAGGAGCUGGACCAGGAAAAAAAGAAAUUCAACAUGCUGGAGAUCCGACUCAGGAACUCGGAGCGGGCUCAUCAAGACGCGGAAAAUCGAAACGUUCUCCUCCAGCGAGAGAUGGAGGAAUUCUUUAAGACCCUUGGAGAUCUGACUACAGGUGCACCACGGACCAACUAGCGUUAACCAACCUGCCUUCACCUGGUCUAGCAGUGGAGGAGCAGCUCACAUCCUGGGAAGACCAACCAGCCCCAAAGCUUUGAAGACCAAAUACCUCUCGUGCAGUACUAGUCGCCAUCCUGCCCUCUUUAAUACGGCCGUCUUGUGCCUACAGCGACCAGCACCGGUGCCAAAUGAGAACUCCUCUGGACCAAGUACUUCUCAUUUUCUCAUUCCACUAAAAGGAAAAAAAAAUCCCUAUAGGCUAUGUGGUGAAACAUUAUAUGGACUAAAUUCCUCAGUUUGACACCAGAAAAAGCCUUAUUGAUUGUACAAGGUGUUUCCUCUUACAUGUGACGUUCAAGCAAAAUUAUCCCAACACUUAAAACUACAAACGUAACACAAGCUUGUCAGUUAAAGAAAGAACAAAAUGAGACAUUAAAAUUCAACUCUUUUAUUUGCUGGAGUUGACAGUAGACAGUUUCAGUUUCUGAUGUAUAUAAUUGGUCUGUUAGUGAGGCAACUUCAGAUUCAAACGCUAAACUCACACAACUGGCUUUCCCAAAACACCCCGACAGGUUGAAUCUCAGCAGACGACAUUUGGCCAACCCAUCAGGACACUGAAGCAUCACCUCAAAUCACGCCGAAUGCUUUUCUUCUCUUUUUAUUUCCAAAAGUACCUGCACUAAUGCAAAAUUUACUCAGAGAAAACUCAUGCGUAGUCUAUUCUAUUGGCCGUAUUUUGGAGUCGAUGGAGGAGAGGGAAAACCACAUAAAAGGUAAACCACAACAGUCAGUCGAGACAUGGCCGGGACAUGCAUCACACUCCCCCAAAGUGCAUUCUGGGAGUUGAUGCCAGGGGUAACUGCCUGGAGACUCCGACCAUGAGUAUAGGUUAAGAGAAAGUUUGGGAAUAAGAGCCAUCUUAUACAUCCAACGGUUACCAUGGCAGAUGGCGAAGACCUGUUUUCUGACUCCCAGAAAACAUUCAAACAUCUACAGUAAAAUGUACAGUUUGAUCAUCGACUAUACUAAUCCAUGAAAUAUACUGCGCAGAAGAAAAAAAAAAAAAGAAACAUAAUGCAUAUAAAUAGUAGUUCUGAAUGAAAUGUACAUUACAUACAAUAGAUACAAUGCCUACAAUGCCUCCUAGCUCGAAAUAAAUAAAUAAAUAACAGUACAAGAGAAAAAAACAAAGGUCUUCUUUCGCAUUUCUUUCAAGUGAUGUGUACCAAGAUAUACAUACUGUAUCUUCACAACUGUGUGUCUGAGUGUGUGCAUGUGUGAGGUAGAACUCAGAAAGACGCACCACGGAGCGGUGGCAUACACCAGCCACAGAGAGGACUGAAGGAAAAAAAAAUAAAAAUCACUGAACUGAGUAAGGACACUUAAAAUAAAUAUCUUAAACGUCAGACAGUAGUUAAUGUCUGACAAAAACCUGCCAAAAAUGAUAAAGUGACCAAUACAGAGCUCGUCUCUGGCGACUGGCCCCGAAAUACAGCACUCAUUCCAGUCAGACGGGCGGCCUAUAUUCACUUGUCACAGCACUAAAAUGAGCAUUAGCUCUUUACUAUUCCGCAUUUCUAUUGAAUUACAUUCACCCUGUAUUUGCUCGUCCAACAGUCCAACACUGACAAAUUACAUCUAAGUAAAUAUGUGAGAAUACAGUCAAUUUUUAGUUCACGAUAGUUAAAAAAAAAAAAAAAAAAAAAAAAAAAAAAAAAGAAAGAAAUUGUGUGAAAGCAUCAAACCCUCAGUUUUCUUAUCACCGUGCACACAAUCAGCAGAGAAUAGAAAAAAGAAAAUGUUGACUUGGAUACACCAAGAGCUGCUUUCUACAAAAAAGUUCAAACAAAAUCCUCAGUUUCGCAAAGUGACUCUACAGGAAAGUGUGCUAUGGUUCACUGUUGGGAAAAGUAGGAGCAGAUUCAUUCAAAUGUGCCAAAAACUAUAAAAAAAAGAAAUGUCGUACGUGUAAUUCGAAAAAUAUACUCAACAUAAUAUUACAGUGUUAACAUCGUGAUUUUUUUGUCUUUUUAGC